GAUUCUUCGUCUUUGCAGGCGCUGCUUUUCGCGGCGCCGCCGCCCACUGGCUUGGCUCCCACGGGCUCCAAGAAUCCCGGCGUGCUCUGGUACGGUUACAGCGUUCGGACGGGUGCUGCGGACGUGCGGGUGGACGACGUUGCCCAGGUGGCGCCUCCCAACAGCCGGACCUCGCGCUACACCAGCUCCAUCGCUCAUGGCGGCGCCCUCACCCGGGUCGAGGUCGCACUGGGCACGCCACACGGUAGCGUGGUCUACUACGACAACAAGCCGCCCGACCAUUUGUCGGCCGGUUUUUUCCACCCGAGCUACCAGAGUGGCGUGCCGCCGCUGGUGCCUUUUCCUCAGGGUUACGCGCAACCAUUCGGCGCCGAGGGGCCUCCGGUGCCGACGCAGCGUUUCAUCGGCCAAGUGGACCACUCUCAGCAGCCACUUCCAUUCUCUAGUCUCGGACCCAGAAUCGGUACACGCGCUGUGCCCACAGUCCCGUUAGUCGCACCCGACGUAGCCAAUGGACCGGUACAGCAGCAGCCGUUCUCGGCCAUCUUGAGGUCGCAACCUGCGUACUCACAGCCGCUGGAGCCAGUGGUUCAGUCUGGCUCACCACUGGCUACUUCACUCCAGGGUCAGCCGGAUGUGACCAGGAAGAAAGCUGCCGUCAUUACGCUAGUGGUUCAACCUCGCCCCUCACCUGCGCUUGAGUCCGGCGACCUCGCAUCUCAGGAAGUCGAAGCAGAUGAAGUGUAUAGCGCCCAACGCAAGCCCCCUCAAGAGGUUGUGCCCUUCCCGAAUGCUGACCACGAAAGUUUAGAAGUGGUCUCUCCCCUAUCCAGGCCUGCAGAUGAACGUGAGCAGGAACCCAGUGGCACGUUACCGGAGAGUGGCGUUCAGGAAUCUGUACCUACAUAUGAAGACGAGGAAAACGUUAGGCAGCUCACCGGCAGUGACGACAAGUCGUCCUCCACCACUGCGUCGGUUGCUUUGCAGACUUCACAGAGCCAAGACACGUCGUCCGUGGUCAAGAACCACGUCAAGACCCCUCUCGUGCUGAACAACGGGAGGGGUCAGUAUGAUUUUCGUGGCUACAAACAGUUCGAAGUUCAACCCGGCGUCGAGGACAUCCCCGAGGCGCCGGAAGAUUCGCGUACGAGUAAAAAACACCGACACAACUUCCGGGUAUCCUAGCGGCGCGUCUGCGGACGAGCAAGCGCAGCAGCAGCAAAGAAGUGGGGCACGCCGCGGAUCGCGACGGCCACUGCUCACGAAGAGAAUCACUUUAUCCAGAACGCGGCGGCCUGCGCAAGACAGAGUGCUUACUGAUAAGGCCUACGAAGACGACAGCGGCGAAAAUUAUCGAGAACCCGCGACGACGAGCGCGACGUCUGACGUACAGCCGCCGGGACAGUCAGUAGGUUCGAAGGCGCACAUUGACCCAGCUUCUAAGGAAAGCAACAGGACCCUUACACAGAGAGAGCAAGCGGAACCCAAUGGUGAGCGGAAGAGCAAUUUAGCACCGGUAGAUUCCUUUGACGAGGAGUACGACCACGAUUAUGAGCACGACGCUGGCCAACGUGCAUCUAAAAUAAUUGUUCCUUCAAACAAGCCGGAUAGCUCAAUGCCUCGCUCCUUUGUUCCCAACACUCAAGAUGAACUGGCCUUGACCGUUCGACCACCUUAUCAGAAGCGGGGGCAAAUUGACUUUCUAACUGCGUCUCCCGGGGGCUCUCACGAGGAAGAGGACUUGCACGAAAAGAGUGACAAAGGCUCAGAAAGCGUGACCGAGGCGACGUCAGCUGAUGACAACGUAAAACACGGAGAGAAAAGUGAAGAUGAAACAAAUAAGCACAAAUCUCGGGUUCUAAGCAUUGCGCUGGGUGAGCCUGCAACUGUUAUGGGAGCGAACCACGAACAAAAAAUUCCGAGAGUCAUUGAUUCAAAUAAAAACGGAAGGCCUGUGUCAUCAGGCCGCGCUAGACCAGCGCGGGUACUAAAUAUUUAUUUAAAUUCUGUAGUUAAACCAAGUUCCGAAGUUGAUGACGCAAACGUGACUACGGUGCCAACAGCAGCACCGACUGAUUCACCAGAAGAAGUUGUGUUAAAGAAAGAGAGCCUUCUGGGACCAUCUGAUCUGGUUUUGCGGCCGCAGUUUGAUUCUUCCGCCGAUAAUGCGAGAAAUUUGCUCGCCACUUUUACGAGGAGUGAGAAAGAGCAGAACAAAGCCAGUCAAACAUCACGAAAUUUGUUUCACUCCGCUACGUCAGCGAGCACAAAAACGCCUACAGUGAGGAGUGUGAAGAAAGCAAAAUCAGAAAACGAAGAGGCGGAAGCCGUACGAAAAGAAACGGCUCUGUUGCCAUCGACGACUGAAGUGGCCUCUAAAUCUUCGCAGUCCUUUACGUUUGAAAAGACACCCGUCAAAACUGCAGAAAUCCUAUCGUCAUCCCAAGAAACUUAUCCGCAAUUGCUGCCUAGUGUAUGCUCAACCGUAGGGGCAAGAGUUUCCGUGGAGCACCUGACGACACUAAAUCAUAAGGCACUUACACCAACGCCGACUCCGCUCAUCUCUUCCUCUUUUAGCAGCACACGAAGUCCGACUUCGAGUUUGACCGUCACUGAGGUCCUGGAUAGAUCAAAGUCGGGAGCCGCAGUCGUACCUUUGUACUAUACCCCGUUGCAACCGACUCCGACACCACAGCUGACGAAAACGCUUUCCACGCGCAAUUUUGACAAUGACGAGUUUCCGACGUGCCAAAAUACGUGCUUCUGGAGUCUCGUUCGCCGCAGCAAACCAACGUCAGCUGUCGCAAACAUUGCCACAAGUUCGCCGAAACGCACAGAUGUCAGCGCAACACCCGUUGUACUUGUGUCAAGCAGCACAAUCAACGCCGGCGACUUGCUCAGCUCUACCUUCGUAAACCAAACAAGUGCACGAUCAUCUAAAGGCAAAAGAGCGAAAACUGAAAUCGACGGUCGUCGGUCGGUUGGUGGUCUCACUCAGAAAGCCUCGGCUACCAUCUCGCAGUCCAGAAACAAAACAUUACAAAUGCGGUCUUCCUUGGGAACGGAGGGCAAAUCUGACCAAUUAUCCGACCUUGGCACCGAAGAAUCUCGUGGAAAUUCUAGCGUAGCAUUACUGCCGAGCGCGCGAAACAGACCUCGGGAAGCGAACAAGCGCAAAUCGAAGCAGUCCACAGAGCACAGCAGCGAGCGGCUGUCAUCAGACGUAAGGCAAAUUUUAGGCACCGAUUUCUCGCUGUUCGGCCUCCCUACGCCUUCGCUAUCGCCUUCAAUAAGCUCUACAAACAUUCUUAAUGCUACUCGCACAGGCGAACCAUUGGACAGUUUUAUACUUUCACCAACUCCAUCUCUUCCUGCCUCUUCGUCGCCGCCCGAAUUGUUAACGUCAAAUUCGCGAAAAAAUUCUCAUGUUACGCUUAGAGGAAAAAUUCUCGUUUUGGCAAAAUCAAAGGGCUCUUCAACGGCUAGCAGCGCAACGAAUUGGACUAGAUUGAACAGUAAACAAAAGACUGAACAGAGCACGUCUCCGACGACUGCCGUAUUGCCUGCGCCGUCGCUUUCGCGAAUCGACACUUCUCGUGUCACAAAAAGCCGCAGAAUCAUUCCAAACGGAUAUACCUCAGAAUGGAGAACUGUGAAGAAGGCCCCGUCAAAAAAGAACAACACGGACAAUUUCCUAAGUAAUUCGACGACUGAAACUUCGACUACAGCCUCAGUGUACGCCACGCAGGUACACGAACUUAAAGAAACACCACGUUUACAAAUUAGAAGCUCUUCAUUUGACUCAAGCAAUGUACAAAGCGUAUCCAAUCGGGCGAAAAGCCAUACUUCUAGUUCGUCUAGGAGUAAGAGUGUACGCACGUCAACGAGGAAGAGCUCGCAAGGUUCAGGAAAAACAAAGACGAAGCCUCCCUCUUCAUCUAGUUCACGUACCCUAAGUACGAAAUACGUAGCACCCACUCUACAACCAUCGCAAGUUCACGCUAACGUGUUAUCGACGAGCACUGUUAGCGUCGUCACAUCCACAUCUUUGUCGCCAUCAUUAAGUCCGUCGCUAGCUUCGGACACUGCUUCUAAGAAAAAACUGUCAACUCUAACACGAGCACUGCCUACGCUGCGCAGUUUCCAAGACACUGUAACCGACUCCAACAAUGUGUCACAAAAGUCACUUUCUGUCGCUAACUCUUUCGUAACUCCCCGGUCACCAUCUCUAUCUCACAGUCACUUCGCAUCCCCUGGCUAUCCCUCCGGUGUUCAGUUAAGGGGGAUACCAACUUUAACGACCACACAGGCCAGGUCAAUCUCGACCACCAGGCAGCCGAAACUACACAACUCCUUGGGAGCCAACCGCGAGCAUGUCAAUGUCCAAGACGAAGAUCUCUCUCUCAUAGACGGCGACGAUUCACCGCAGGGUCGCCGUAACCAUAGCUCCCCGAAAACCGACGUCACCGGAAACCAGUUGCCCGAACAAGCCAAUGUCGGGGCGAAGGCUCCCAGUGGCGAACCUGCGAAGAGCCAAGACGACGAAGAUCCGAGUUCGCGCGAGCAGCAGAUUGUCCUGCCACCAGCAGCCGUUCCCAUCGAUUCGGCAGGAAACGGGAGCCACAAUUCGGACGUGUCCGAUGACGAGCUUUCCGUGGAAGGGCCCGCGGCUCCGGAUCCGACCAACGAGGCAACGGGACCCGAGUUCUCGCGUCCCAUGCCGUUGUGGCCGUUCCUGGCACCGCUGUUGCUUUUGCUUUUCCUCCCGCCCGCGGUUUGGUGCCUGUUGCGGCCUGAGAAACUUCCGCCGCCACCGAUGCCGCCGCCGCCACCACCGCCGAUGCCGCCGUCAUUCCACAGCUGGGGACGUCCCUCCUACUGAUAUGCACCUGAAGAAAGACUUGCAACAGUUCUGACAGCAACUGUCACAUUCUAAUUGUUGUACAUUACUGGCAACCCCUAUGCGUGAGUCACUGUGUGUCCCAUAUGUAGCACCAUUUUCGUGAGUUGUGAUGCUUAACGGCGUUUCACUGCUCGUGCUCCAAUGGAGAUAACGCUCCACUAGGCAGUACGAGUGCUCUUGGAAAUGCCGCAACCUUGGCUAAAGUAGUUAUUCCCGGAAAAGGGUUGCAUUGUACGAUAAAAUUUGUUUCGAGACACUGCAUUGCUUUGUGAACAGCGUUCGAAAAAAGGAAGAGCUAAGUGCUAACGUUUCGAUGUGGGGACUUUGACACGACGACGUACCGACGAAGACAACUCCCCGUGUUGGAGCGUUGUCUCCCAAAACAUCUUUUUUUUCGAGCACUGCUGAUUCCUUGAAGUCUCCAACUUCUUGUGUACACAUAUCUUGUUUGUUGCUUUGUGAGCAACUCACGAUGUCGUGCUGAGUGCGCCAUUGUUUUUCUUCUUCCUAUGGGUCCGUGCCUUCAUUGAUCAGUAAAUUCAAUGCGAAAGAGUGUUUGGUGAUUCCAAUGAUCUGGUUUCUCUCUCUGACAUUCAUAUAGGAAGAGCGAUAACAUUGGAUAGUUUUCUGUGAGUGAUCUUCGCGAACAGCGUGAUACGGGAGUUUGCUCAUCUGCGCUCUCUUUUUUUGCUUAACAACCGAUUUGAAUAAAGUGUAAUAAAAAGGCACCUAUGUGCUGGAUAUUCCCUAUUCCCUAAUGAUAAUAUGGCUUACCCGGCUUUCAGACACCUCGGUGAAAACCGACGUGUUUUCAGUAUGUCGCAUAGUUUUCAGUAGUCGCAAUUCGUGUAGAGGUUUCCAGCCAGGUUUUUGGGUCUUCAGAUGAUGAUCCAUGGAAGGUAGGUAGUUCUCUGGGCUGUUUCAGCACGAUGGUGUACGCUGCGGCUGCCAUUGAGGUUGUCCUGGCCACGAUAUUCUUGGUCGUCUGGCGUACAAGUCCAUGCUCCGGGGUCAGCUGUUAUAGCCGGUGGCUUGUUCGUUGGUCCGGGAUGACGUUGGUGUUGUUCUUGCGGUCCUGGCUUGGAUCACGGCUUGUCAGGGGCGUCCGAUACAUAAAUGAAAAGCACCUCCACCAGAUGCCACGUAGUAGUGAAGGUGAAGUAAGCAGGAAAACUGUGAAUUGUGAAAGUAGUGUUUUAUUGGGCGAACAUGUGCCCUCAAGAACAGGCUGUACUCGAAGAAAAACGAUAGCGGCGAACGCUCUCGGCGGUCGUCGAAAUCUGAUCAGUGUGUCCAGCGUGUCGGCUUUUAAUUAUGAGCCAUCGAACUUACCAGAGUAAUCGCUGGUGCCCGCAUGUCUUCUAGAAAGUUCUACACCAUUCGCAUCGCGCAUCCAUGUAAUCAGAUUACACAAGUUUCGGGGACAACAGGCAGCGGAUAAAUCCAUCGUUAACAUUCCAUAAACUUCCAGUACAUGCAAGCGCGUCCUGCGCUGAGCGAUAACAUUUGUUAGAAGAUGAAAUGGGGUCACUUGAUAAAGAACUACACGUGUCAAUAUAAUAUCUAGAUAAGGUAAUGCUCUUCCGAGCGCUACUUUCGUUUGUAAUUUUAUUUUAUUUCUGCUAUCGCUGUGGAAAUUACGAGAGCUUGUUGUUUUGCGUAGGAGGUACGCGUUAUAACAGCUCUAAUCUGACGUGGCCACCUCAUUGUAUUGCCAUGUUGUAUGCCAGUGUGUUUUCUCUGGUCAUGUACAAUGUCAUUUUAUUCUGCAUUCCAUAAGUCACAUACUUGCCAUUCUAAGUUUCAGCAUGUGCCGUGGUUUGCGCAUGUGUGUACACGUUUUUUUUUUAACAAGCAGCAGAGAAGUGCUCCCUUGUGUACAAUGCCUGCUGUCUCAUUGUAAGCAUUGCCUUUUAUUGAAAGCACGUGGUGCGCGUUCUCAUUCUUGAGUCUUGUACAUCUCGACUAAUGGAAAGGUUAUCACACGCUAUACGAUAGUUACGUUUCUCGUUGGGUAAACGCAUGCCCUUCUGCUGAGUAACAUGAACAGUUCACCUUCCAGCCUUUCUACAUGAAUCUUUUCAUUUCGCUCAUUUUAUUUUUUAAGGUUGGCAGAUUACAUAAAUGAUUCUGCUUUAGAGAUUUGUGAGCGGAGCGACACCUUGCCAAUGCCUUGUUUGAAUGAAUUUUUGAGCUGUACAUUGAAGCUGUAUGGAUGUUUAUAUUGCGGAAAUUUGUUUUAAUAAACGUGUUGAAACAAAAA